AUGCCAGGCCACGACAGCAGUGCACUGUGCUGCUUGUUACCUGUUUUAGUGCGCUGCUACUGGACACGUCCAUUUUCUCUUCUGCAGAAAGAUCUUCAUGACCUGUUCGCGGGCUGUGGUGCCAUCGAGCGUGUCGCAAUUUUGGAUCCCCCACUGCCACGGCAUGAAUACACGUUCGGCUUUGUAGUGUUCACCCGUGUAGAGUCUGUUCUCCAGGCGGUGCGCGAGCUUCAUAACUGGAGAAUCGGUAGCAGCAGGAUCAGAGUGGAGAUAGCACAUGAUACAAUGGCUGCUGUCAUUGGUGCUGCAGACUCAAACUAUGCCGCUAGGAUAUAUACCGUGUAUGUAGGACCAAUGCCUCCUCAGAUGACUGCGGCACAGUUAAAGGCAAUGUUUGGGAAAUGUGGCCCAGUGCAUUCUGUGAACAUUGCAGGAACAAGCGCAGACAAAUAUGUUUUUGGGUUUGUCACAUUCCACGACAAGGGCUCUGCAUUGAAGUCUAUCCAACGUUACAACCACCUCACUAUGGGAGGUUACAAACUGGGCGUGUCUAUUUCACGUGAGCGGUCAAUCCUUGCAGAAGAAGACAUCGUGGAGUUGACAACAGAAGUGGAGCGGUGUCGUUCCACCAGCUGGGAGGCAGAGCUUGGAGAAGAGGCACUUAUCUUGUGGGAGCUACGUAAGUCGUGGGGAGUCUACAUGGGAGACAAGAAAGGGUCAGCGGUGUGCAGCACUGCAGCCCAGUGGCAGGACUUCGUGAAAGAGUUGUUGGCAGUCGCACACAAGCCGUUGCCACUUCCCGUAGUGGAGAUGCCUUCUCCCACAGACUUCCUUAAGAUAAACAAAGACACCAUGUUAAAACUCAUCAAGGAAGCACAGCUUGCAAUAUCCGAAACUGAUAAUUCAAGCCAGGAUGAUCACAGACAUUCACCAAGUUGCUGGAGUGUUGUCAUGACGAUGCCAAGCACCACUGCUUCCGUGCCCAUCUCUGGGCAGCUUCCUCUGAGUAGAACUGAACCCUAUAUCGCACCAAGUGAUAUUCAUGUAUCACUAAGUACUGCUGCGGAAAUGCAAUCAGUUACCAAGCCUUUACCAAAGUUAAAUAGUCCUGUAGCGGUACCUAGGGAAGAACGCUGCCAUACAACUGCCAAGGCUGCAUCCACUGCAAAUGACAUUGUAGUGCCAUCUCAGAAUGAAGCUGAAUUCCUUGGGGAUACACUCACAGCCGUCAAAUCUUUGCUCACUUCAAAUGAUACUGCUGCGACACCUUGUAACGAAGUCAAAUCCUUGGAGAUUAUUCAGACAGAAUCUUCUGCAGCAAGCGACGCUCAGUCUGCGGAUGGUGAGCAAUCUGAGAGUGCCGAGCCUGGUGAGCUGACAAAUGUGAACAAGCGAACGUGCCACAGUGCAGGAGAUUCGACUGCAAGCAGCAUUGCUGAGGCAGCAAGUACUGAAGCAGCAAUCAUAGGUAACACGACAGAGAAAGUGAAUAUUAGUCUCACAGAAGACUCCGAUAACGAUGGGGAAAAGUUGCCAGAGGUCAGCAGGGAACAAUGUGGAGGGCCUUCGAGUAUGGAGUUUUCUCCAAAGGCCAACAGGACAGUGGAACCACCAGCAGAACUCUUCUUGAUGAAGUUACUCUCCGAUCUGGAAGUGCUGCACACUACGCAUCGGAGCAUGGACAAUAGUCGUGAUUUGGCGAUGGGUGAUGUUCUGUCCACACAGUAUGUCGAGGCUGCUCAUGACGUUGGCACCACACAAGAUGUCCAAACUAUUAAUAAUGUCCACAUCACACCAGAUAGCCAGGGUACUGGUAAUGUCCACAUCACAGCAGACAGCCAGGGUACUGGUGAUGUCCACAUCACACCAGAUAUCCAGACUACUGAUAAUGUCCACAUCACAUCAGAUAUCCAGACUACUGAUAAUGUCCACAUCACAACCUCACGAACAGUCCAGAUCGCACGUGACGACCAGACCUCACCAACAGUCCAGAUCGCAGGUGACGACCAGACCUCACCAACAGUCCAGAUCGCAGAGGAGUGCCACACGGCAGCAGACUCGCCGGCUAAAUCAGUUCCCGAUAGUCCCCUAGGCAGAUUCCUCUCACGCAUGGAGGCUCAGACGAGAUGUGAAGGCCUCGCCCUACCGCCCAGUCUACAGCAUCCCGUGCGUGGCUCGCACUCGAGUCACCCCAACGUCCUACUACGACACGACGCGUGGAGCGACGUCUACGGCGUGAUGCCGCAGUGGGAUGGCAUCUUCUCCCAGCAUGCCGACGCGUCGCGGCAGGCGAUCGGCGGGGGGGAGGUCUCGCCGCCCGUUGUCGUCGACGACGCCGCUGAUGAUUCGGACGGAGAGUCGGUGGUCAAUAUCGGUCAGCGGUACCAUGAGCAGGAGCUGGAGGACGACGACAGCGAUGACCGCAGCGGCCGCGCAUACAGAGAUUUCUUCGGCGAGAGCGCGGGCGGUCGAGAGCCGAGCUCCGAUGAGGGUCCAGCAGAGCCGGACACCAGCAAGUGCAGUAGCAUCAGCAGCAGCAGCACGAUUAGUGCCGGACUACUAAACGACUCCCAGGAGCAGCAAAUGCCGCAGUUAGUGCCGUUGGGCCCCGAGGAAAGAGAAGAUGAGUGUGACUUCGAGAUAGACGACGCUCUGUCUCGCAUCCUCGCAGAGUUUCCUCACCAGGCGGAGCUGCUACGCCGCACACCAGAGGCGGUGCGGCUGCGUACCCUGCUCAACGAAAUUGCUGUCCUGCAGAGCUACGAUGCAGGCUAUGCUGCAGAUGUGCAGGGUAGUUGGGACAGCGAGCGGGAGGCAGGUCUGAUGGAGGCUGAGCUGCAACUGCAGAAGGAAAUAGAGCUGCACUCCUCCAGGUGGCAGCACAUUCCGGGCACUUUUAAACGCACACCUAAUACUGUUAGCAAGGGUCUAUGUCCCCCAGGGGAAGAGGAGGAUGAUCUCUUGUAUGAAAAAGAACUGUUUACUUUGCAAGGAAAUGAGACCGCCAUCCAUGAGCUACAAUUGGAGACCGGUGGCGAGAAGAUUGCUGCGGCUCUAGAGAUUGCAGAAAUGCAUCUGCAAGUGAUGCGACUGAGACUCUGUGAUUCUGACCUCUAA